GGCGGUGGGAGGAGCGGAAAUGGCCAGGAUGGGAGGACUCGCUGUGCUCAGGGCAGCUCAGAGGGGCAUAAGUGGGGCAAUGGGCUAUCCCCCAGGGCUCCUGUUCAGACAGCUGUUUGAGAAGGUGAGCUGUACCUACACCUACCUGUUAGCAGACACGGAGACCCGGGAGGCUGUUCUCAUUGACCCCGUGUGGGAGACAACUGACCGCGACCUCUCUCUGAUCCGGGAGCUGGACCUCAGGCUGCUCUACGCGGCCAAUACCCACGUGCAUGCGGACCAUGUGACAGGCACCGGGCUGAUCAAGCGUGCGAUUGGGGGCUGUCGGUCGGUGAUCGCGGAGAGCAGUGGGGCCAAGGCAGACAAACAUGUCCAUCACAGUGACAGCCUCCCCUUCGGCAGAUUCAGUCUGGAUGUCCGAGCGACCCCCGGCCACACCAACGGCUGUGUCACGUACGUCCUGAACGACCGCAGCAUCGCCUUCACCGGAGACGCGCUCCUCAUCCGAGGGUGUGGCAGGACAGACUUUCAGCAAGGAAGCUCGGAGUCUCUGUACCGCUCUGUGCACAGUCAGAUUUUCACCCUCCCUGAUCAGUGCCUCCUCUAUCCAGCCCACGAUUACACAGGUCAGACGGUCACCACGGUGGCUGAGGAGAAACGACUGAACCCACGCCUCUCCAAAUCCCUCUCGGAGUUCAUCGCCAUCAUGAGCAACCUCAACCUGCCGUAUCCCAAACAGAUCGAUGAAGCACUCCCAGCAAACAUGGUGUGUGGCCUUCAGGGUAUUCCUGGUGAGCCACACCGAUAAAGAUUCCGAACAAUGCUGUCAGGCCAGUGAUGAUUUGGUGCGGUUUCGACACUCCGGGUUCAUGUCCGAAAUGUUUUUUAAUUGAAAUCCUGUCCCUCUCUGUCUGUCUGUCUCUCUCCUGGUCAAUAAAGGGGAUGCAGGCA